AUGGCCAAAUGUAGGGUCGUCGCGGUCGAUGAAAAGCAGUUAAGUGGCGCGAUGUCGGCCAGUCAGGGGAUGAACCGCAGCGGCGUCUACAACUACUUCCUCAACAUGGUGGCCUAUCAGAUUUGCUGCUGCUGUGGACCGGCUCCCUGCUCGCUCUGCUGUGCCUUCUGUCCUCCGGUCAAAUCCUCCACCAGCACACGGGUCAUGUACACGCUGUUCCACAUCAUGACCUGCGCCGUCUCCUGCCUCAUGCUGUCCCGCACCGUCUCCGAGCUUGUCAGGGAAAAUGUGCCUUUUUUCAACAUGGUGUGUGAUCAGGCCCACGGCGGCGGCCACUGCGAGAUGCUGGUUGGCUACUCGGCGGUCUACAGAGUCUGCUUCGGCACUUCCUGUUUCUACCUGAUGAUGGCGAUCUUCCUCAUCGACGUGAAGUCCAGUCAGGACUACAGGGCGCUCAUACACAACGGCUUCUGGUUCCUGAAGUUCAUCACUCUGCUCGGGACGUGCACCGCUGCCUUCUUCAUCCCCACGGAGUCCUUCCUGCACGCUUGGCAUUAUGUUGGUGUGGUGGGAGGAUUUGCCUUCAUCCUCAUCCAACUCAUCCUCAUCACAGCUUUUGCACACACCUGGAACAAGAACUGGUUGACCGGAGCGGCAGAGAACAAGCGUUGGUACCUGGCGGUGACGUGCGCCACCCUCUUCUUCUACACCAUCGCCACCAUGGCCUUCACCUUCAUGUACAAGUACUACACCCACCCCAUCGCCUGCCACUUCAACAAGGCCCUGCUGUGGAUCAACUUGGGGCUCUGUGGCCUCAUGUCCUUCAUAGCUGUCACACCGUGCGUGAAGCAGAAGCAGCCUCGGUCGGGGCUCCUUCAGGCCUCCAUCAUCAGCUGUUACGUCAUGUACCUCACGUUCUCCGCACUGGCCAGCCGCCCGCCAGAGAAAGUGGUGUAUCAGGGCAUGAACAUGACCGUCUGUUACCCCAGCGUGGGACAAGAUGGCAUCCAGAACGAAGGCAACGCUGUGGCCAUAAUUGGAGCUGCCAUCAUGUACUGCUGCGUCCUCUUCGCAUGUAAUGAAGCUUCCUACCUGGCGGAGAUGUUCGGUCCGUUUUGGAUGAUCAAAGUUUACCGCUACGAGUUCCAGAAAGCCACCUGCUGCUUCUGCUGCCCCGAGGAAGAGGAAGCUGAGGAGGAGUUUGUGAUGGACGAAGAGAACAAAGGCUGUCAGAAUGUCAUUCACAACGAGACGCAGAGAGUGGCUUACAGCUACUUCUUCUUCCAUUUCGUCUUCUUCUUGGCCUCGCUGUACGUCAUGAUGACCCUCACGAACUGGUUCAGCUACGAGUCAGCAGUGUUGGAGACCACCUUCACCCACGGCAGCUGGUCUACCUUCUGGGUGAAGAUGUCGUCGUGCUGGGCCUGCGUCAUCCUCUACCUCUGGCUGCUGCUCGGCCCUCUCUGCAGCUGCCAGUCCGAAUCCAGACCUCGACGCUCGCGCAUCAAACGGCGCUCGGGAUCCUCCCGCCACGUCUCCGUCACCGUCUGA